UAUAAUUAAAAAACUUAUGAUUUUUACAGGUCUGAAAACAAUGAAGAAAUACGAUCCACCGUCAUCAAGUUUAGCCAAAAAAUUUUAGUGAUCGUUAUAGUCACUGUGGGCGUAACAAUCUUGUUUAUUCGAUCCAGUCAAACAAUAGCCAUUACGUCAGAGUUGAAAAAAACAGUUUAUAACACGAUUGGUGCAGAAUGGGUGGAAAACAAAAGCAAAAAUCAUUUAGUAUUGAACGGCAUAAAUAUAAACGACCAAGAAAUGACUCAAUCAGUGACCAAAGAACAAACACUAAAUAGAAAUGUCCACUCCACAAAAGAGUUUCCGUUUAGAAAAACGGAUGACUACUUACCAAAUUUAUAUUGGAAAAAAUUAAAUCGUUCCACUAAUAACAAUGAGGUCGAUAAAAAUAUACCAAUCUAUAAAACAGAAGACAACAAAACAAACGUAACUAUGAACAAUGAAAUGUAUCAGAUGGACACAAGGUCAAACUCCUUAAACCGUGAAUAUUCUACAAUCAAUUUAAAUACACCGACGACUGAAGAAAACGAUUUAAACAAUGAUUACAAUGUGAACGAUUCAUUUUAUGACUCCGGAAGUUAUAAAUAUAAAGAAAUUAAAAUUCCUGUGGAUAAAAUAAAACCUAUUGCAAGUGGGCAGUCAGAACACAUAAAUAUUUUGAAAGAUUUAUCGCCGUCAGGAAUUCAUAGUUAUACUCUUAGACCACAUUCAAAUUAUGAUUUUAAAGGACGAUAUCCUACAGGCCAAACUCUUUAUUACAGACCAUCAACCGCAAUACUAAUCAAAAAUCAUCAACCAUCAAAAUAUGUAUCUGAUGAAGAGUAUUAUAAGUUAAAACUUCAACAGCCUACUCAUAGAAAAAUCAGUUAUAAAAAUGAUAGUGUAUGGUCACUUAUUAAACUAGGGUUUAUCAAACUAAAGAUGAUUGGUUUUUUACAAACGAUAUUUCUUUUAUGUUUCAAGGUGAAAUUAUUUAUUAUAGCAAUGUUUAUUAAAUUCUUAUUAUCAAUGCAACUUAUGAAAUUUUUCAAAAUAGUUAUGUUACCUCUAAUAAUUCUAUCGACAUUAUCAGUAUUUUCAUUAAUGCUUAGUCGUUCAAACAACAUACACACCUCUGCUGUAUCUUUCACACAACCAAGUCUGCUUGAUAAUAUUUUAUUACCUAGUUUAUUUAAUAAUUUAGAAGAUUCAAGUUUAAUGGAAAGUAGCAGCUCCUCGGGUGGCAGUUCUUCGGGAGGUAGUAGUUCCUCGGGAGGUAGUAGUUCCUCGGGAGGUAGUAGUUCCUCGGGAGGUAGUAGUUCCUCAGUAGAAAGUGGUUUUUCUUUUUUCACUAUCUCAGAAAUACCUCCAGAUGUCCUAGAACUUUUUCAGAAUGUACCACGUGAUUCAAAUGAUAACAUACUUCCAGAUUUGUCACCAGAUAAUAUUAUUCAAAGUAAAACAAUGACUUCCUAUUUUACUUCAAAAGACCAUGACUCAAAUAUAUCCAAUAGACAGCAUCAUAAGUCCAUUAAGUCAUUUAAUCCUGCUUUGACAAUUUUUCGAAACAUAUUGAAUUCAGAAAAAAUUGUUGAAAGAAUAGCUUGUCGACUUGCUGUUGCUGAAAAGGCUGAUAUUAUUCCACUGUGGAUUCAAUUAUGGAUAUUAAAUAGUGUAUCAAAAUUAAUUCCUGAAGAAAAAUCUGAAUUAUAUUUUAAAACAUAUAAUUUUGUAAAAAAUACAUUUUAUACUAACAAGUCAUUGGUUCCAGAAAAUUUGUCAGAAUGGUGCUUAGAAAAUUACGGAUGAGUCCAUGAUAAUACUACGAAGAGAUCUACUAAAAUAAUUGUUGUUUUAUAUUAUUAAUAAGUCAUUUAUAUUAACAAAAUUAAAAAUUA